AUGGAAGAAUCCCUUAUCCUCUCCAAAUUUGACAACCUUGUCCAAUCCGGCAUCGUCCAAUACGACGAUAAACAACAAAUCAUCGAGCAUGUUGAUGGCGACCUCAAGUUCCAAUUUGUCCUCACUUCUGCCCUCAUAAAAAAGCCAACUCUAACAACUGCCGAGUCCCAACCCGAUUCCGAAAUCCAACAACCCGAAAAGCGACCAGGCAGCGACAUAAGCACCACCGGGUUCGAGCUCGGCACGCUAGAAAGCCACUUAGUGAUCGUGAACAAGUUCUGCUUUGCGCGACCGCACCUCAUGCUGCUCACGUUUGAUGGAUACAAACGACAAUACGAGGCGCUUGAUGAGUCCGAUCUAAACGACACGUGGCGGCUGCUGAACUCCGCAGAGAGCGACUACGUUGCCUUUUACAACUGUGGCCCGAAUGGCGGAUGUAGUCGGCUGCAUAAACACGUGCAGGUGAUGCCCUUGCCGGCGAACAGUUUUGCUGCCUUUUUGGAUUCUCCAGAUGAGCCUGAGACCAAGGUUCCAUUUCAGUGGUUCUAUCGACGCUUUGGCAGUGAUUUGACCCCCGCUGCGUUAUUCGAAACUUACAAGGAACUGCUGGAGGAGGCGUCGAAGGUGGCUGGGGACUAUACGACGGGUGCGCCAUCUGGGACAGUCUGUCCGCAUAAUGUGAUUUUUACUAAGAGGUGGAUUAUCGUACUACCAAGAAGACGAGGCGCUAUUAAUAAGGAGGCUGGAGUGAACUCGUUGGGAAUGCUGGGAGUGAUCGCCGUGGCUACGACGAAGGAGAUCGAUAAUUGGGUCAGGUUGGGUUUGACGGAGUCACUGGCAGAGCUGGGAGUACCAAAGGAGAUAUAA